AUGCACUGUAUAACCUUAUAUAGCGAAGGAAAGAAAAGAAGGAAAACAGUAACUCUAGGGUCACGUUCAGUCGUGUUUAUACUGUCAACACUUUAUUGCACAAUUGUUGAUUGGUCACUUACCGCGCAAAUAAAACAAUGGGAAAGGAACGUUGUUUUCGGUUGAGCAGGCGUUUGUGGGGAGGGAUGAAAAACGAGCACCCCUAAAAACGCCUGCGUGGGAGGCUACUGGUAAUCUAGCCUACUCCCGUAUACGACUUGCAGAAACUCCAUACUGAUGACGUCAGGCCACCUAAUACUACUGGUCAUGAAGCGUGGGAAAUUUGCUUGAACCACGCAAAGAGAUGCACUACUUAGGUCUGGGUACUGAUGCGUCGUCUGCGGUCUUUCCUUAAACGUCUUUUCGCAGGGAAGCCAGUGGUGGCGUCACGAAAUGUCGCGUUUUCUCAGUCUAGAAUCAGUCUGUCUCAGUCUGCUGGAGAGCAAGGGACGUACUGGGACAACACAAACAAAGAACUGAUAUCAUUUAAAAUUGCAAUUUUCUUUGUUUUUGUUGUCCCAGUACAUCUCCUGUUCUCCAAUAUGGCAAUUUUGUACCACGUGAACUGCUAGCUGUAAACAGCCUGUUCAUGGGACAAAUUUCAGCUAAAAUUUGCUGUUGUGAGGCUUUUUCAAGUCGAAUGUGGCCAACCCCUCCCUUCACCCCACAAGCGACGUUAAAGGCGAUUUACGACAACCAGAAAUUACAGGAAUCACGAAAUUCAAUAUUGCAUCGCUUUCCCCAGGCCUUUUGUCCAGGAUUGUAGUUCUCAACACCCCGCGAGCAGAGCCUCAUUGGCUGAGGAGGAGAAAAGGAAGCUCUGCCUGAAUGAGGUUUGAGGUCGCCGCAGCCCCAACUUCUGGACUAAACAAUCUUCAUUCUUGUUUUGUCUCGUCAAACUAGUUUUUUUCGAAUGUGAGCAUCCAUUUAUAUUUAAACCAAUCGUCAUAACCCAGCCGGCUGAAGCAAGCGCACGACUAAAGGCCUGGGUUAGAAACUAUAUCUCAGCAACGUGCCGCGCAUGCUCAACAAAGCUCUUCCUCGAUUCAUGCAGAAUCUUUCACAAGUACGCCAAAAUCGAGCAAGCGAAAGAAAUGCUCUGCUGGCCGGAUGAUUCUCAACAGAAGAAAGGUGAAUUAAACGAAGAUUCGACAGUAAUAUUUAUUUUUAUUUGUGGGUCAAAUCGCGGUAAUCCUUGAGUAGGUCUUUAAGGAACAGCAGAGAACUAAGCGAGCGAAAAUUGUUCCUGUCGUAUAAUAUUCUCACUGCAUACCUAUUGUCCCGACACGGGGAACUAAGUUAUGGGAGGAAACAGCGACUGCCAGGACAAGAGUAGAGUAGUGAGAGUAUGCGAGAUCAACCGCCACCAGGGGAGGUGGGAGGGGCGAAACUUUGAAGUCACUUCAUUUAACUCCAUUGAACUGGCCAAGAGGCGGGCAGAAAUCGGACGAUUCUAACCAAGGGCAGCAAUGCAUUAUCCCACCCGCGCGCAGGCCCAACGCGACGGAAAUUUAAGGAGUUACUCAUUUCCCACGUCACGGACCAAUUGUGUAUGCAGUGAGAAUAUUAUAUUGAGUUGCACUGGGAGUAACAAUGAACCAUCAGUGACUCGUAUUAACUCUAUGUGAUAGUAUAUGUGAUCUAUUUCAAAUUUACACAUUAUUCCUCAUACCUAGAACAGCUUGAGGUAGACUGACUUAUCAUUGAGGAUUAUAUUUGAAUCACAGUUGUUUUGUGGCGCUGUGGUUUCUCUUCUUUCGUGGCGCAGCGUCCGACCUGGAGAAACCACUGCUCGCAUGGUACUCAAUUGUCUGAUAUUUAAUAAAGGUUUUUUUUGAGGAACGAAGAAAAGCCCCAAAUUGAUUGUACUCGGAAAUUGCCCUCAAAUUCAAAAUAAAACGAAGCAAAAACUGUACAGUAACACAUUAAUGUUUCCAUUUGCCAACGAAAUACAGUUACGGGCACCUCUCUAUUACGGACAGUUCGUUUGGUGCCAGAAAUACCAAAAAUCAUACAUUCCCUACCUCUAUAAUACGGACACCUCUGUAAAGCGGACACUUGGUUCUGUCCCUUUGGUGCCCGUAUUAGAGAGGUUUGACUGUAUUACGUGUGCCAAAUGAUUGUAGUCAGAAGGUUUCACAGUAUUUUGCUGUUUUCGCAGUUCAGUAUUCAGUCUUGGCUUUGAUUUCCUCGGUACAUGUAGACAAAGUACUUGCAUGGUUGAGUUUUAGAAAGAUCUACGUCCUCAAAACGAGUUUCAGUAAAAACGUGCCACAAAUUAACGACAAAAAUUACCCUUCCAACUAUAAGCUAGCCCAAUGGGUUUUGAGACACACAUUUCCCUCCCAGUAUAAACGUAGGCGAUUUUGAAACGUAAAUUUCGUUCUACGAAUAUAAGCCCUUCCAAAAAUAAGCCCCUCAAAAAUGGCCUUUGAAAAAUAUAAGCCCUGGGGAUUAUUUUUGAAAUUUUACGGUAUUUUCCAAAAUGUAAAAUACGUUUAUUGCAAAACCUAGCGUAGGUGUAAAGGGCCAACAGUGUGAAUUAAGAGAAAUAAGCCGAUAGCAAAAAAAAUAUAUGAAAAAAAUCAAACAAUGUAUUUAAAUGGGUGGUUCGAUUGGGUUUCUUUAAUAUAUAUUUGUAGCCUCCAAACCUCUGUUUGAAACUAAACCAUGGAAGCGCGGUACGAAAUUGAUUUAUUUUAUUUAUUUAUUUUAUUAGCUUUUUUUUUAAGCUUUAAACGCCCUAACACGCGAUUGCACGCCACAUCAAACAACACCCUUGCAUCCGCUGUUUUAAAUCUGCUCCAGGAAAACAAACUUAUGCUGCCUGCUCGAUUUGAGCUGGUAACGAUCUGAUUGGUGGAAAUUGACAAUAGCAAACUCAUGCGUCCGGUUGCUGGUCGGGAACAAGCGUGGGCUUAUUUCACGAACAGCGGCUGGUAAUCUAGCAACCUCGUCCCCAGGGCUUUUCCCUUAAAAAAUGGGUGGGACGGGAAAAGGCCCUGGCAUCGGCUGGUCAAGUGUCCCCUCGUACACCCCAAAAUCCUGGGUAUAAUAAAUUAGCGCUAUGGGAAAAGCUAAAAUUAUGCGUGAUCUCACACCGCGCGAUCUUGGGCGGCCUUUUAUAUCUCUUGAUGAUUAACGAAAGGUUUUACAAGAUUUCCUUUUCGUCACAGAUACUGGCCACGGUAAUUUUUUGCUUUCCUUCGAUUUCUAUGAAGGGGGCAGCGAGUAACAUUUGUAAAACCUCUGUUUAUAGAGCGGUAUAAAUGACAAACAAGCUAUUUGUACUUAUCCUCGGAAGAGAGAAGAUAUCAGAGGUCUUCAAAUGUUUCAUAAACGCGACCUGUUAUCGUUCCUGGCUGGAGGGGUGACUUGCAUCCGGUGCGGAGAUUUGUUUGUUUCAUGGUCGGGUUGUAGAGAAGAUCAGACUCCAUAAAGCAUUUUGACGAACAAUUCUAUUUCAAUCAAGUUGAAUCCUGGAGGCAAAGGCCCGUAUUUUUGUUUGACAUUGGACAAAAUCACUUUCCGCUUGAUCGUACAGUAAUUACACAGUCACGUUGAAGUUCAGUCAAAGUACUAGUCGAUAAACAGCUUGUCUGAACUCUGAAGCAUCUGAUAUAUUUUGUACGUGAUAACGUAGAGCCGGUACGCCUUUUCAUAAACUUGCAGCAUUUGAAUAAUGCGCAAUUAAAUGGAUCUUAAGCUUUUGAAUCGCACACACGCGAAAAUAUUGACAUAGUUCGCGAUGUUAGUAUUUUCCAUUGUUUUCGACUUCUGUCAGCGCAAAACCAGCGGGUUGCAUAUAAAUUAGCUUUUCAGGAAUAUUUAGGCUGUCACGUGACCAGCCGAUGCCAGGGCCUUUUCCCACCCCACCCAUUUUUUAAGGGAAAAGCCCUGGGGACGAGGUUGGUAAUCUAGCCUCCCACGCAGGCGUUUUUAGGAGCUCGUUUUUCAUCCCUCCCCACAAACGCCUGCUCAAGCGAAGACAACAUUCCUUUCCCAAGCUUAGCCAAUCACAUUGUGCUUUCCAAAUUCUGGAAAGUUUACCUUGACCGCAAGGUAAUCUCGACUGAUAAUUACUCGAUCUGCAUUAAACACGGGGAAAGCUUUCUGACCUCUAAUAAAUGUUAG